AACGUGUUUGACCAGGGCGAUUUCGAGGUCGUGCUGCUCACCGUGAGCGCCGCGGGCAGCCCCCAAAAUUGGCAUGGACCUGGCCAGGGGUACGGACUUCACUUUUCUUGCUGGGGGCGCGAGCGUGCGACCGCCUCCCAGUGCGCUAGGGGCCCGUGCACGUUUUUUUUUUCUCUCCGCGGCGGUGCGGGUUUUAUUUUUGAGUUUUUGAGCGAUAUCUCCGCGCGGCGCCGUCCAAUUUGCACCCCGCGCUGCAUGCAGCCCGGUGACAUCAUAAGGAACAGUUGCCCCAGCGGGACCUCCCCCCAUUCCCCCGUCUUCCCACCCAUUUGCCCCAUGUCCCCUCGAUUAGGCCAG